UCGUCGUCGGACCAACGCAGAGCACACUCAGUCUGCACAGUGCAGUCUUGGAAACGAACGUACUGGGAUUAUUUUGGCGUUAAACUUGGAUACUGUUCACAAAGUCGUCGUUAUGCAACAUGUCGACUAGUUUAAAGAGCUUGGGAGUGCCGACAGUGAGUGCAGCCAGUGGUCUGUCCCCUCAUCAUCCUGUACCAGCCUUUGAAGUGAGGCCAGGAGUGUGAACCGCUCUCCAGCCAAACCGUCCCCUCCCUGUCCCUCCUGCCACCUUCAAAGUGUCCACACACACACACACACACACACACACUUUUUUUGCUGCCAAGGACACAAAAAGCAAGUGAGACAAGGACCCAGGAAAACAGUGAGAGAGUGGGAGUUGAGAGGAAGACCUUCCAAAGGAAACUAUAAACUUUAGAGUGAACACUCCACUUUACAGGACCUAAAUAUGGGAAACCAGUUAACAGAAAUCGCCCCCAACACCCCGUUCCUGCCCAGCUUCCAGUCUCUACAUGUAGUGGUGAUUGGUUUGGACUCUGCAGGGAAAACCUCGCUCCUCUACAGACUGAAGCUACGGGAGUUUGUCGAGACGAUCCCCACCAAAGGCUUCAACAUGGAGCGGAUUAAAGUUCCCAUGGGGAACUCCAAAACCAACACCACCACGUUCCAGGUGUGGGACGUCGGCGGUCAGGAGAAGCUGAGGCCCCUCUGGAAGUCGUACACUAGGAGGACGGACGGGCUGGUGUUCGUGGUGGAUGCGGCCGAGGCGGAGCGAAUGGAGGAGGCCAAGGUGGAGCUCCACCGGAUCACCCGGUCGGCUGAGAACCAGGGGGUGCCCGUGCUGGUUCUGGCAAACAAACAGGACCUGGAUGGAGCUGUGUCAGCCUCAGAGGUGGAGAAAGUUCUGGCUCUCCAUGAGCUGAGCUCGUCCACGCUGCACCACACACAGGGCUGCUCAGCGCUGGAUGGUCAGGGCCUGCAGCCCGGCCUGGAGAAACUCUACGAGAUGAUCCUGAAGAGGAAGAAGAUGCUCCGACACAGCAAGAAGAAGAGAUGAGACGGAGGGUGGCAGCCGUGCUGAGGUCAGACGUUACUUUGGAGCCGCUGCUCGUUUGUGGACCUUCUCAGCAGCCAUGUCUGUAAUACUUUGGAACCAGAGGAAAACCUGCCAGUCCUGCAGACAAGUUGGGACGUCUUUAACCGAGUUCACACCUUGGCUCUCAAAUCUGUUCCAAAUGUUAACACCUCCCUUCACCCCCGAGACAUUUUCCCCUCGUGUCCCAUCCUUGACGGAGCGCUGCACAGAGACAUUAGCUCCAGAGGAGGCAACAGAGGAGAACCUGUGCAAUAUAUGACGAACGCUCACUGAUGCACUCACUCCAAGAUUGAAGGAUAUUUAGUUUCACUACUUUGUACAAACUGUAUUGUCAACAGAACCCUGCAGGCCCGAGCAUCGUUCCUGUUCCUUUCAAGUUUCAGUGUCUCACUUUACUCCAAAUCUUUAUGUUGCAUGACGUUCACCCACACGCCUGUUAGGGGAUAUCAAGACAACGCUUUUGUUGAUCAAAAGAAGACCAUUAUGAUUAUUGUAGAUUAGAAACAGCCCAGUGUUCAGUGAAGGUAUGUCAUUGGGACUAUAGUUAAAAUGUGCCACAAACAUGACAUGUACAGACUGACACUGUGCGGCUGCUGAAUCCAGCCCUGCAAGUUUCCAUUGUUUUUCACUCCUCACCAAAGUUUGUUUGCUUGUCACAGUCGGGUGUGUUUCAGAGUUGGCUGAAUGGUUGGUUUGUAAGUUCAAACAACAAAUUGUUUUUUAUAUCGUGUACAUUUUGUUUUGUAAAAUGUUAACAUGAAUAAAUUAUUGAGCAACUUUGGCAUUA